CUCAGUCCCCAGUACAGAUUCCCAUAACAUUCCCAAAGGCUGGUGGUGGCAGAAGCAAAGAGCCAAACAACCCUCUUACUAGGCUUCCUGGCUUUACAGUGGGGGGAUCUGGGAGAGUAAAGGGAAGAUUCUAGAGCCCCGAAACAAGACCACCCUAUUAGCGCAGCCUAAUGUGCCAUUUGGAAGCAGAAGCCCCCUUUGGGAACUCACAGUUGCCUUGAGAUCAACUUUGUCUUAAGAGAAACAGACAAUCUGGUGGCUCGCCCAAGAUACAGGCAAGCCAAGGUGGAAAGGGACUCCUGGGUUUCCUCCCUGUCUUCCUCCCCAUACUUGCCUGGGCUGAGGGCCCUCUUCCCGGCCGCUUGGCUGGAGUUGCAAGUCCCAAAGCUAUAGGAAUUGGACCAGCUUGGCGGUAUUAUUACUACAGCUGGGGACUUUGGAGCCUCUGGUCUCCUUAGUACGCCACCCCACCAGAGCUUAGAGCAGGGAAUCAGGCGCGUGCAAGGCUGCACCUGGGGUCCCAGAGACCUGGAGGCUUACUUGCUUUGAACUCGAAAGCAGGAUUUUCCAAGGCUUCAUGCGCUGGCUCGCCUGUGGGGCCCUGGAAAGCUAGAGUCCACGGUCCGCCUGUCAUACUUGACCUCCGAGACUGGCUAGGACCUUCGCCCUGGGAUCUUCUUGAGAUCCUUGGAGAUCAGGAAGCGUUUGGGAUCUCAUUUACUCAACGGGUGGAUCAAGUCCCCGGAACCGGUGAUUCUUGAACGCGCUUUCCAAGCAAAUGGAAAAGAGCCCAGGAGGCGCCUGUAAAUGGAGAGCUAGGAAGGCUUCGGGCUUGGGCAGCAGGUCCGACCGGGCGCGAGGGACAGCAGAGAGACAGCUAGGAAAGCCAGGACUCUAAAUUCCCGCUUCUUGGAACCCCGAUCUACAACCCACUGCCCCCCCCGCGCCCCCGCCCGCAGCCGCUCCGUAGUAACUCUGCUCACCUAGGACAGGGAAGGAGGUGUUCCUAGCCCCGCACCCCCAGGAGGCGCGCUCAGAGGGAAGCCGCCAGUGCGCCGCCUCUGCCUCGGCGCAGAACAAACGGUUAAAGAUUUUUUGGGCAGCGCCUCAAGGGGGGAGGAGCCAGGGGCCCGAUCCGCAAUUAAAGAUGAACUUUGGGUGAACUAAUUUGUCUGACCAAGCGGAGGAAGUUUCUGCAGAUGAAGCGCAGGAAAUACGGCUUCAUCUACAAGACGCAUCUGUUUGGGCGGCCCACGGUGCGGGUGAUGGGCGCGGAUAAUGUACGGCGCAUCUUGCUGGGAGAGCACAGGUUGGUGUCGGUGCACUGGCCCGCGUCGGUGCGCACCAUCCUGGGCGCCGGCUGCCUCUCCAACCUGCACGAUUCCUCGCACAAGCAGCGAAAGAAGGUGAUAAUGCAGGCCUUCAGCCGCGAGGCGCUCCAGUGCUAUGUGCCAGUGAUCGCCGAGGAAGUGAGCAGCUGUCUGGAGCAGUGGCUAAACUGCGGCGAGCGCGGCCUCCUGGUCUACCCCGAGGUGAAGCGCCUCAUGUUCCGCAUCGCCAUGCGCAUCCUGCUGGGCUGCGAGCCGGGUCCAGCGGGAGGCGGGGAGGACGAACAGCAGCUCGUGGAGGCUUUCGAGGAGAUGACCCGCAAUCUCUUCUCUCUCCCCAUUGACGUGCCCUUUAGCGGCCUGUACCGGGGCGUGAAGGCGCGGAACCUUAUUCACGCGCGCAUCGAGGAGAACAUUCGCGCCAAGAUCCGCCGGCUUCAGGCUGCGGAGCCGGAUGAGGGUUGCAAGGACGCGCUGCAGCUCCUGAUUGAGCACUCGUGGGAGAGGGGAGAGAGGCUGGAUAUGCAGGCACUAAAACAGUCGUCAACAGAGCUCCUCUUUGGUGGCCAUGAAACUACGGCCAGUGCAGCCACAUCCCUGACCACUUACCUAGGACUCUACCCACAUGUCCUCCAGAAAGUUCGAGAAGAGAUAAAGAGCAAGGGCUUACUUUGCAAGAGCAAUCAAGGCAACAAGUUAGACAUGGAAACUUUGGAACAGCUAAAAUACAUCGGGUGCGUUAUUAAGGAGACCCUUCGAUUGAAUCCUCCGGUUCCCGGAGGCUUUCGGGUCGCCCUGAAGACUUUCGAGCUGAAUGGUUACCAGAUCCCCAAGGGUUGGAAUGUCAUUUACAGUAUCUGUGACACCCACGAUGUGGCAGAUAUCUUCACUAACAAGGAAGAAUUUAAUCCCGACCGCUUUAUAUCACCUCAUCCAGAGGACGCCUCCAGGUUCAGUUUCAUUCCUUUUGGAGGAGGCCUUCGGAGCUGUGUGGGCAAAGAGUUUGCAAAAAUUCUUCUUAAGAUAUUUACAGUGGAGCUGGCCAGGCAUUGUGACUGGCAGCUUCUAAAUGGACCGCCUACAAUGAAGACAAGCCCCACUGUGUACCCUGUGGACAAUCUCCCUGCAAGAUUCACCCACUUCCGGGGAGAAAUCUGAUAGCUAUUUCAACACUUGGACUUAUUUGAAGUGUACAUUGUUGUUUUUUUAAAAAAUAGUGUCAUGUUGCCUUUAUUUAAUUUCUAAAUGUAUAGUAUAAUAUUUAUGUGUCUCUACUACAGACCCGUGGGCUUUAAAUAUUAAAAUAAUGCAUUUGUAUGAUUUCCCAAUAAAGUAAAAUUAAAAAGUG